AUGUCUCAGGAAGACGCUAUGGAUGCAGCUCUUACGGCCUCUGACAAAGCUUGCAUGGAAAAGGCCGAUGACUUCAAGGCCUCAAAAGUUGCAGUCGAGCAAUUACCAACUCCUGCAUCUUCUUCCAGUACCGAGAAUCCUGAGGUACCAUCCAUAAAGGUUGAAUCAACCAGGGCAUCCAGAGCAUCCAAGCGGAACCGCGAAACAACUCCAGAUGCUCUUGGCCCCUUGACUCCUCCCAGGUCAUCCAAGAAGCCCCGAACGCCAGCGAAAACACCAGCGCAAGAAGAGGAAGCCGUAACCAAGAAAGCCGCAGCACUCAGGAAAAAAGCCGACGAAGCCGCGGUCAAAGCUGCCAACGCAGCAAAAAGAAAAGCAGCAGCAGACGCCAAGAAAGCUGAAACGCAGCGGAAAAAGCAAGUCGCGCAAUGGAAGCGUGACUGGAAGGACUGGGUGACUACCAACCAGAUCCCAGACGAAAGAUUUACUGCGUUUGAGCAGGACUGUCUCACUGUCACAAAGAGCAAGGAGUACCUUGGUAUUCAAAAAGACGAGCUACAGUGCCUUCCGCAUGACACGCGGCCCAAUCCAAACGGCCCGUUUGCGCCGAUGAGACUGUACAAGUACGAAGAAGUAGUCGAUCUAGCCUACAAGAAAGAAGCCAUUCUAGCUGGCGUGUCUCAAGUAGACGACGAAACGUUGAUCGCGUGCGGAAAGAAGCUCUGGGAAGCGAAGAAAGCGUAA